UGUUUGUGAUGAGGUGUGAAUCGUAGAAAGAAAUCUCCGUCUCGCAGAAAUGAUUUCACAAAAAUCUAUAGUUCCCUAAAGUUUUGUGAUGUUCUAUUUGUGCUAUCUCGCUACGAGUAUACAGUAAUACGAUAACAAUAUAACAGUGCCUCAAUAAGUAACAUAAAUGAAUAUUAAACCACCGUGCAACUAAGUCGGUUCCGAUAGGAACGAAUGGAGUGAUCAACUUAUGAAAUAACGAUGCAAACCAACUUGAAAACUAAAGAAAUGUUUAUAGUCAGAGCUCUAGAAAAGAUAUUGGCUGAUAAGGACAUUAAAAGGUCCUACCACAGCCAGCUGAAGAAGUCCUGUGAAGUAGCUUUAGAGGAAAUUAAAACUGAAUUGAAAAAUGGAGGUCAGCCUGAGUCAUCAGAGAGCCCCACAUCAGGCACCCUCCCUCUGCCCAAAAAUGACGCGUCAAACAUUAUCACAGCAGAGAAGUACUUCCUACCCUUCGAACUGGCGUGCCAGAGCAAGGCCGCCAGGAUAGUGGUGACAGCUCUAGACUGCCUACAGAAACUAAUUGCAUACGGCCACCUUACUGGAAACAUUCCCGACUCAACUACUCCCAGGAAGCUGCUCAUUGAUAGAAUUGUUGAAACAAUCUGCAGCUGUUUCACAGGACCACAAACUGAUGAAGGAGUACAGCUUCAAAUAAUUAAAGCACUACUAACGGUCAUCACAAGUCAACAUGUCGAGGUACACGAGGGCACCGUGCUGCUCGCCGUCAGAACAUGUUAUAACAUCUACCUGGCUAGCAAAAACCUCAUCAAUCAAACCACGGCGAGAGCAACCCUGACACAGAUGCUUAAUGUUAUUUUCACGAAAAUGGAGAAUCAAGCCAUUGAAGCAGAAACGAACGGUAAUGGUAAUGGCAAUACAGUAACAGAAGUACCACACAAAAUCCCCAAUGGUAAUGUUGUGUCAGAGGAAACGCCUAACAAUGCUACUGAAGAAGUUAAAGAAGUGGAGCAAACACAGGUUGAGGAAGUAGACGAAGUAUUAGAAGCUAAAAUCAUUGCUAAACAAAUAGUAGAUUCAGUUAUAGAUAAUGCCAUAAGUAUUGCGUCUAAGAAAACAUCUGAGGAGGAUGUAACGAAUAGUCCUGAUAACAAUGAAAACCCCUCAGAUUCUCAAGAUAGUGGUAGUGUUUCCCACGAGAGUAACGGCCAAGUGCCGACUGAAGCUACAAUAACGAGAAUACCCUCGCAAGAGAGUGUUGAUGUUGCUUCAGAAAAUGACAACUCUGUCACAGCCAAGUUCACGCAUGUUUUACAGAAAGAUGCUUUCUUAGUAUUCAGAGCUCUCUGCAAGCUGUCUAUGAAGCCUUUACCAGAAGGGACUCCAGACCCUAAAUCACAUGAGCUAAGAUCUAAAAUUCUUUCUCUUCACCUUCUUCUAUCUAUCUUACAAAAUGCUGGGCCUGUGUUCAGGAACAACGAGAUGUUCAUCACAGCCAUCAAGCAGUAUCUCUGCGUGGCGCUAUCUAAAAAUGGCGUCAGUUCCGUACCUGAAGUAUUUGAGCUAUCUCUAGCUAUUUUCUUGGCACUUCUGCAAAACUUCAAGGUGCACCUAAAGAAGCAAAUUGAAGUCUUCUUCAAAGAGAUCUUUAUGAACAUUCUGGAGACUUCAAGCUCGUCUUUCGAGCACAAGUGGAUGGUCAUCCAAGCGUUGACCAGGAUCUGUGGAGAUGCGCAAAGCGUCGUAGACAUAUACGUGAACUACGAUUGUGAUUUAUCGGCAGCAAACUUGUUCCAACGUUUAGUCAAUGACGUUUCUAAGAUCGCCCAAGGAAGGCAGGCAUUAGAAUUAGGCGCAACUCCAAACCAGGAAAAGUCUAUGCGUAUUCGUGGACUUGAAUGCCUAGUCUCCAUACUGAAAUGUAUGGUAGAAUGGAGCAAAGAGCUCUAUAUCAAUCCAAACCUACAAACUACAUUGGGUGAGAGAACUGCAAAAGAAGACCAUGACCAUCACAGUAUGAAAUCCCAUGGAGGAUCUAGUCUGAGUCUAGUUUCCACAGGAUCCAGCAAUAUUGGUAACAGAGAAACAUUAGAUUCUCCAGAACAAUUCGAAGUAUUAAAACAACAGAAAGAGGUUUGGGAAACUGGCAUUGACUUAUUCAACAGGAAACCAAAACGAGGAGUAUCUUUCUUGCAAGAGCAAGGUCUGUUGGGCACGUCCACAAAAGAAAUCGCUGAAUGGUUGCUAACGGACGAAAGAUUGGACAAGACAUUCAUUGGGGAGUACUUAGGCGAAAAUGAAGAUCAUUCCAAAGAAGUUAUGUACUCUUAUGUUGACUCGAUGAACUUCGCGAGUAUGGAUAUUGUUGCUGCGUUACGUCAUUUCUUAGAAGGAUUCCGGCUGCCAGGUGAGGCUCAGAAGAUCGACAGGUUAAUGGAAAAAUUCGCGUCGCGUUACUGUGAGUGCAAUCCUAACAACACUCUAUUUAUGAGCGCGGACACCGUGUACGUACUAGCGUUUUCCAUUAUAAUGCUGACAACAGAUUUACAUUCGCCACAAGUCAAGAAUAAAAUGACAAAAGAACAAUACAUCAAGUUGAAUAGUGGCAUCAGUGACAAUAACGAUCUGCCGCGUGAAUAUUUGUCUCAGAUCUACGACGAAAUCGCUGGUCACGAGAUUAAAAUGAAGAGUUCUUCGAAACCUGGUAAACAUAUGAUCGCUAAUGAGAAAAAGAGGAAACUUAUCUGGAACAUGGAAAUGGACUUAAUAUCAACGGCUGCAAAGAACUUGAUGGAAUCUGUUUCGCACGUUCAGACACCGUUCACGACGGCGAAACACGUCGAACAUGUUCGGCCUAUGUUCAAGAUGGCGUGGACACCUUUCCUUGCGGCCUUUUCCGUUGGCCUACAGGAUUGCGAUGACCCUGAAAUCGCCUCGCUAUGCUUAGAUGGCAUAAGGUGCGCUAUCCGCAUCGCUUGCAUUUUCCACAUGUCGCUUGAAAGAGAUGCGUAUGUCCAAGCUCUAGCCCGCUUCACUUUACUCACAGCUAACUCACCCAUCACGGAAAUGAAAGCAAAGAAUAUUGACACUAUAAAAACAUUGAUCACAGUUGCUCACACGGACGGCAAUUACUUGGGAACGAGUUGGUUGGAUGUAGUCAAAUGCAUUUCUCAGUUAGAACUAGCGCAGCUUAUAGGUACGGGUGUACGGCCACAAUUCCUGUCAGGUUCCGGCAUCAAGCCUCAGCCAGACUCGUUGAAGUUUAGUCUAAUGUCGUUGGAUCCGAGCGUCAAAGAACACAUUGGAGAGACAAGCUCUCAGAGUGUCGUGGUAGCGGUAGAUAGGAUAUUCACAGGAUCCACGAGACUGGACGGUGACGCCAUUGUAGACUUCGUCAAGGCACUAUGUCAAGUAUCCUUGGAUGAACUGAGCCAUCCCACCAAUCCUCGAAUGUUCUCACUGCAGAAGAUUGUCGAAAUAUCGUAUUACAACAUGGGUCGUAUCAGGCUGCAGUGGUCUCGAAUAUGGCAAGUGUUGGGAGAUCACUUCAACAAGGUGGGCUGCAGCAGUAACGAAGACAUCGCCUUCUUCGCAGUGGAUUCUUUGAGACAACUGUCGAUGAAGUUUAUCGAAAAAGGUGAAUUCGCUAAUUUCAAAUUCCAAAAAGAUUUCUUGAGACCGUUCGAGCACAUCAUGAAGAAAAACAGCUCACCUACAAUAAGAGACAUGGUUGUCCGGUGUAUCGCGCAGAUGGUAAACUCUCAAGCCCCCAACAUCAAAUCAGGUUGGAAAAACAUUUUCUCCGUAUUCCACUUAGCUGCAAGCGAUCAAGAUGAGGCGAUCGUAGACUUAGCAUUCCAAACUACAGGUAAAAUAAUAAAUGAGUUGUAUGAAAGACAGUUCCCAGCGAUGAUAGACUCCUUCCAAGAUGCUGUGAAAUGCUUAUCAGAGUUUGCUUGCAAUGCGAAGUUCCCCGAUACGUCUAUGGAGGCCAUACGACUGGUGCGGUCGUGCGCGACGGCCGUCGGAGCGUCGCCGCAACUGUUCGCGGAACACGCGGGGCUUGAAGGAGAGCCCGGAGCUCCUGAAGUAGACAGAGUUUGGCUCAGAGGGUGGUUCCCUCUGCUGUUCUCCUUAUCGUGCGUCGUCAGCCGCUGCAAGCUAGACGUACGCACCCGAGGACUGACAGUCCUCUUCGAGAUUAUCAAAACUCACGGCGAGUCAUUCCGUCCGCAUUGGUGGAGAGACUUAUUUAACAUUCUGUUCAGAAUCUUCGACAACAUGAAGUUACCUGAACAUCAGUUAGAGAAGAACGAGUGGAUGACUACAACAUGCAAUCACGCGUUGUAUGCCAUCGUCGAUGUCUUCACGCAAUACUUUGACAUUCUCGGUUCUUUAUUGUUAGAGCAACUGUAUGCGCAGCUGCACUGGUGCGUUCAACAGGACAACGAGCAGUUGGCGCGCUCCGGCACCAACUGCCUGGAAAAUCUAGUCAUUUCCAACGGCACCAAGUUCAACGAGGACACGUGGAACAACACGUGCCAGAUUAUGUUGGACAUAUUCAACAGCACGCUCCCGACCACGCUGCUCACGUGGAAACCAGACGACAACGAAGAAACCGAUGUCCCUCAAGUACGACAUGGGAUCUUGAAGAAACCCCAAGGAGGAGACGAGAUCAAAUCCUCCAAUCGAGUGUUCAACAGCCUCCUAAUCAAAUGCGUGGUACAGUUGGAGCUGAUACAAACGAUCGACAACAUUGUGUUCUACCCCGCCACGUCGCGGAAGGAGGACGCCGAGACGUUGGCGCUGGCGGCCGCGGAGCUCACCGGCGGCACGCCCGGCACUGAGCAGGAAUGUCAGCGUGAAGAACAAGGGAUGUACCGACUGCUUAGCUCACCACAUCUGCUGCGACUCGUAGAAUGCCUCAUGUGCAGUCACCGCUUCGCUAAAACGUUUAACACUAACAAUGCGCAGAGGAAUGUCUUGUGGAAAGCUAAUUUCAAGGGCUCCGUGAAGCCGAACAUGUUGAAACAGGAGACGCAGUCGUUAGCGUGUGUACUGCGGAUACUGUUCAAGAUGUACAGUGACGAGACGCGCCGGGAUCACUGGCCCGCGGUACAAAAGAGCCUCAUCAGCAUCUGCUGCGAGGCGCUGGAAUACUUCGCCGGAGUGACGAGCGAAGCACACAGGGACGCGUGGACCUCCAUUCUGCUGUUGAUUCUCACCAGAAUACUGAAGAUGCCAGACGAAAGAUUUGCGGCUCACGUAUCCAGCUACUACCCGCUGCUGUGUGAGAUCACGUGCUUCGACCUGAAGCCGGAGCUGCGCUCGGUGCUGCGACGGGUGUUCAUCCGCAUCGGGCCCGUGUUCAACAUCGUCACCAACGCCCACUAGCGACAACACUAACAAACAAUAUGGCCUUAUAGUUCUCUAGGAUAAAGUAUGACUUUGAUGUUAAUGUUAAAAAUAAUACUUCGGUUGAUUCCUUAAAAUUUAAUGUAAUAUUGACAGCAAUCAGUACUUCAGUAGUAUUAAAAGUGAUCUAUCAUAUUUUAUAGGGUGUAGUAGUCUUAUUUCUAAUUUAUAUUAUAAAUUAUUGAUUUGAUUAUCAAGUUAAAUUUUUAAAUUGUAUAUUAUAAAAGCAUAGAAGUUGUAUCUAUAAAUUAUUAUAGUUUAUUCUGUAUAUUUGAAAGUUUUUACUGUCUGGGGAGCUGAAUUCACUCACUGCUACUAUUGCUUCGUAUUUCUUCUAGCUAGACUGAUCAGACUGUGAUUGUGAAGUUUUACUUUCUCACGGCUUUCCAUGUUUUUCAUUUUUAUUGGAGUGACUUCAGAACUCGCACGCAAACUGAUUAUUAUAUUAUUCCUUAAAAUAAAAAUCAUAAAUUAA